CAGCCCGGCGCGGGCGAGGGCGGGAGGGAAGGCGCGAGCAGAGGGCACCGGGCGGCGGCGGCGCUCCGGGAGCACCAUGGCCGAGCUGCUCUGGAGCCUGCAGGAUUCCCAGCUCGUCGCCCGCUUCCAGCGCCACUGCGGGCUCUUCCCCGCGCCGGAUGAAGGCCCCAGCGAGAACGGCGCGGGCCCCACGGACCGCGAGGCGCGGACGCCGGGGCUCGGGCAUCUCCCCGCCGCCAAAGGCAAGGGCGCCGGGGAGCCGGCCAAUGGGCUGCGGAGACUGGCGGCCCCGCAGGCUUAUGUAGAGAAGUACGUCGUGAAGAAUUAUUUCUACUAUUACCUGUUCCGAUUUUCAGCUGCUUUGGGACAAGAAGUGUUCUACAUCACAUUCCUUCCAUUCACUCACUGGAAUAUAGAUCCUUAUUUGUCCAGAAGACUGACCAUCAUAUGGGUUCCACUAAUCGAGAGCCUCCUCUAUCUGCCAGUUACUUUACCCAGUUCACAGCUGGUGAUGUAUAUUGGCCAGGUAACCAAAGAGAUCUUGAAGUGGCCCCGCCCCUUCUCCCCUCCUGUCGUGAAACUCGAGAAGAGAGUGAUUGCUGAAUAUGGGAUGCCGUCCACCCACGCCAUGGCAGCCACGGCCAUCUCCUUCACCCUCCUUAUCUCUAGCAUGGACAGGUACCAGUAUCCCUUUGUUUUGGGACUGAUGAUGGCUGUGGUGUUUUCCACGUUGGUGGGUCUCAGCCGACUUUAUACUGGGAUGCACACGGUCCUGGAUGUGCUGGGCGGCAUCCUGAUCACCGCCAUCCUCAUUGUCCUCACGUACCCUGCCUGGACCCUUAUCGAUCACCUGGACUCGGCCAGCCCCCUCCUCCCCGUGUGUGUCCUGGUGGUGCCAUUCUUGCUCUGUUACAACUACCCCGCAUCUGAUUACUACAGCCCAACCAGAGCGGACACCACCACCAUCCUGGCUGCCGGGGCUGGGGUGACCAUAGGCUUCUGGAUCAACCAUUUUUUCCAGCUCGUGUCUGAGCCCACGGAAUCUCUCCCUGUUAUUCAGAACAUCCCGCCGCUCACCACUGAGCUGUUAGCUGUGGGUCUGGCCAAAUUCACCGUGGGGAUUGUGCUGAUCCUCCUGGUCCGUCAGCUUGUACAGAAGCUCUCCCUGCAAGUCUUGUACUCCUGGUUCAAGGUGGUCACCAGAAACAACGAGGCCAGGCGGAGACUGGAAAUCGAAGUGCCUUACAAGUUUGUCACCUACACGUCUGUCGGCAUCUGUGCUACCACCUUCGUGCCGAUGCUCCACAGGUUUCUGGGACUACUCUGAGCCUCAAACGGUCAUUGGACCAGACGUCAAAAAGUUGAGUGGGGAAGUCUUGAUGACACGUUUUUCUUUAAAAAAAAUUUCCUUAAGUCACAUGUCUGUUUUGCUAGUAUCUGAGAUAAAUGUUGCUGCUCUAUGGCGGGAAAAGUUGUCUCGCAGGAACCACUUGCCUGUAAGGGUCAUGUCACGGAUGAAGCCGGGCUAAACCCACAGUUGACCUCUUUAAGGGUCCCCCACCCUAUCUGUUACACGGACUUUGGGCCAGCCCUGGGCUGGCAGGAAUUGCAGCCUGGCUUAGGAGUGGCCACAAACACCCUGGGUUCUGGAGAGCAUGACCCAGAAAGCUGGCCGUCGGGUUUUCUUUUCAAUUAAGACCCUGCCCAUCACCAAGUCUCAGUGUUGGUCCAAGAGAAAGGGUGACGGUCCUUGGACAGGGUGACUUUCUGUUGUUACAAUCACAUGAGACUGUGCCAGCUCACAGGGAAAGAGUGCUGUAAACCUCCCCGGGAAGCAUGAAAGGUGGGGCAAAGCCCUGAGGUCCCGGGCAAGAGCCUGCUUUCCUUACGUGUCCUGGUCUCUGGCCGGUGCACACUGGACAGGAAGGGAUCUGCUCCCCCUUGUCGUACACUUCGCAGGAUUCGGGUACCACUUAUUUCUAUUCUCUUCUGAACAUGAACCCAGCCGGCUGCUCCCAACUCACUUCAUCUGAUUUGCUCUGGGUGUUCGGCUCUCUCCUGCAUCAGAGUGACUUGGGACAAGCCCUCUGCCCUUCUUCAGCUUUUUUCGCUUUCUUACAAACUGGGAAGGCACUGUCGUGGGCCUGUUAAAGUGAAUCAGUAGAACAGAUGAAUGUAAUCCUUCUUAGGGCCUCCCUCCUAGCCACUGUUUCUUCAUUACUUUUCCUAAAUCCAUUUCCUCAUCUGCUAAAUAGAAUCAGGGGCUCCCUUUCCACCCCCCGCCCCUUAACUCUUGGCAAUUUUAAGGGUAAUUAAUGUCAGAACAAUGUCAGCCUCUCUUUGGAACAAGCCAACCCAACCCAGCAUCCUUUAGACCCCAGGCAAGUUCUUAUUAGACUUAGGAAGGCGAUCAUUAGGCAGACACCCUCCUGCAGGGGCUCCUUGAGGAGGAGGAACAAGGAUGAAGAGGAAGAGCUGAACAGCGCUCUUAAAAGCCAGCGUCAGUGGACAGUUAACAAAGUGUCUUGUGGUGGGUGGAGCUCCUGAGCUGCUGAAGCCAUGCUUUUUUCCUGCGUCCUCACCACUCAGACACUUUGAGGGCAAAUCUGCCUGUCUGGGUUAGGUUCUUAGCUCCGUAUCCGGUGUGAAAACUGAACACCUGUUGUCCUGCUCUCACAGACGCACCCUGGCCUUUUGGUUGCGAUCACCUCUGAUGUUUGACUUCAUGCUUCUGACACUUUUCAUAGUUAGAAGGCAGGGGUCAAAAUGACUUGCCAUUUGCCUGUUUUUACAUCAUCCUCUGACCAGCAUCUGCGGCACUCUGGCAGGGGAAUGCCCCCGGUCACGGGCACCCCCACCCGAGACCACCCCACAUUGCCGUGCACGCGGCACUCUCUGAAACCCCAUCCCCAUGGGCUGCCAGACCUGAGAUCACCGCCCUGGGUAAUAUUUACACAAAAUGAUUUUAGUUGAUUUCUCUGAAGCCAACGGGCAAAAGGAUCAGCUUUUUCCACUUGUAUCCUUUGAGAAGGGUGGUAAUUAUUGUCAUAGCGGUGGGUGUGAGCGAUUCACUUGUGUGUGUGUAUAAAUUUUACUGCCAUCUCUUUACUUUUAAGCCCCAACCACAGACUUGCAGUCAGCUGUAUUGAUGUAUUCAAAGCUGUAUUUAUACAGUUUGGAUUGAGGAUGAAUAUGGUAGCCAUGACAGAUUGGUCACUUUUUAAAGUCUCUUGUUCCAUCAACCGAAGAAUAAAAAGUGCAUAUUGGUGAGGCCAAGCUUAGUUUUUGAGCACAACGGCUCUGUGGCCUUGAAUCAGGCAGAAACUGUUCAGAAAAACUUUUUUACCUGCUUCAAACUGCAACUUGGUCAGCCCUCCUCAUUCACUUUACCCAGCCCUUCACCCUCUUAUACACACACACACACACAGAGCCCUCCUCAUUCACUUUACCCAGCCCAUCACCGUUAUACACACACACACACACACACAUACAUACACACACAGAGCCCUCCUCAUUCACUUUACCCAGCCCAUCACCAUUAUACACACACACACACCCCACCACCCCCCGCCACACCCCCCAAGACUACACCGUCCAUCACUGACCUCUGGAUUUUCUCUCUGGGGAUAGACUGCCCCCUGCUGGCAUAACCCCUGUCUUGGUCCAGAGCCUCUGUUGAGCAGAAGUCUUAAGAGAUGAAGUUUCAAAAUCCAGCUCAUCUUGAUGUGUCCAGUCUAAGCUCAGAAGCUGUGGUCUGGCCAGCUCUCCAUCUAGACGUGGUGACAGCAAAGUGCCCGGCGUCAUCGGCCACUGCAGGUAGAACAGUAUGGGCUUUUCCCGACUGCCCUCCUGCCCCUAACCCACCACCACUCUGGACCAGGGCAUUUCCUCCUGUGAGUGUCAUUCUAAACAGCCACCAUUCCAGGCCAAUUUUGCUCAGACUCCCACCAUAAUAGAUCAUGCAGUAGAAAAUACCGCAGAAGAGACAAUGAACAAAAAACCCUCAACGACUGAAAUCACCCCUCAACGUGCCUGCAGAUCACACGAUAACAGGAUUUUCUUGCCCAAAUAGGCGAUUCAUGCUUCCUGAGUGUAACCAAACAUGUGGUGUUUCAGGGCCAUAUGCUCUGGUUUUCUAUUUUGGAAACCUUCAGCUGUCUUACUUAUGUACUGUAUGUAAAUUUAUUCUUUUUAAAAUCAUUUUUCUUUGAUGAUGAUUUAUUAAAUGCUUUAAAAGCCA